AUAAAUCAAGUUAUUUAUUUAUCAAUGUUAUUGUUUUCCAACAUAAUCACCCUGAAAGCCAAUCCAUUUGCACCAGUGGCGCUGAACUGCGUUUGUCCCAGUGUUGUGAUCAUAAGAACAAUGGCAUGCAGGACCUCAUUGUUACGUGGGAAAUGCAGACCGGUCCAACUUUUCUCAAACGUGUGAAUGAGAUGGAAAUCCGAGAGGCCCAUGUCUGGUGAAGUGGGUGAUCGAGGAGCAGUUCGGAACCCACAGUCACGGAGUGUUACCAUGAUCACCGCUUGGUUCUGUAUUAUAGGAAUGAGUCAUUUGUCUGAACUUGACGCCAACUUAGACUGCGAUUGUAUCUUAGACACUGCAGCUGAGUUAGAUGCUGUUAUCGACGCUGUUACUCAAUUACCAUCUGCUGGCGAUGCAUCUUUCACUAAGCUGUUGCUUGAUCGGUUGAAAAAUCGGAAGCACUCUUCAGCCAAAUCUUCUCUACUUCUUACGGAUCUCUUGCAAUCAAUCUUCCGUAAAAGUUGUGAGCAGUACGAAUCAAUGCUGGGCGCUCAGCAAACAUCUGAAGAACCUACCGACAGUAAUCCAAACGGUUGCUUGAGUGCCAAUCAGCUGGAUCGACUUCAACAGCUGCAUGUCGAACUCCAAGUUGCAUCACGUCGUUUUGCUGAACUAGAUAUACAUUCUGACGAAAGCUUGAGAGCGAUACCUUCAGAGCAUGUUCGCGAAUUUCGAUUACUCGAUCCUGACGCUUUUCUUGUUGCCUCCCGUAACCUGGAAAGAUUAUCCAAGGCCUACAGGCGGCUGCAAUCCGGAUUGGAUAAGGUUUCCAAGUUGACCUCUUCCGUCCCCACCUUGUCGGACCAUCCGGAGUUUGAGAUUGCCGAUCAAAUUCUUGCUGCUCCUCUUGAUGAAUUGUGAGGAUGAAGGCCUUUACACUAUUUUUCAUUCAUGUAUUUAUAAGCGUUUAUUUUUGAUAAUGUGAAUAAAACUGUGUAGAAAACUUCA